CAUUUCAUAUCUCGAGGAUACGUAUUGGUUGCAUCCACAGCAUUUUACCACCUCGCAUCUGCCGCCAUCAUGAUAAUACAGAUCGCUGCUCUUCCGCUUUUUGUGCCCUUCGCCGCAGCUCUCAGCCAUGAUGGAAGGAGUGCUGGAGAGAGGCUUUCGGAACGAGCUGCGGCUAAGAAAGUCGCCAUCAUAGGCGCCGGAGCAGCAGGCUCAUCCGCCGCCUUCCACCUCGCCCAGUACGCCCGCGAAGCCGAUAUCCCCACGCAAAUCGAUGUAUAUGAGCGAUCUAGCCAUGUUGGCGGCCGCAGUACCACCAUUAGUCCAUGGGAUUAUCCCCAGUACUCCGUCGAACUGGGAGCAUCCAUUUUUGUUGAAGUCAACCACAUCCUCAUGAACGCCAGCCGCGACUUUGGGCUGAGAACCGCGACGCGAACGGUCCACGAUGAUGAAGGCAUGGCAGAUCUUGCUAUAUGGAACGGAAACGAAUUUGUAUACACCAUGACCGACGAGGGGGGUUGGUGGGACAUGGCGAAACUGUUCUGGAGAUACGGGUACGCGCCCGUCAAGACCAACUCGUUAAUGAAGGAUACCGUGGGCAAGUUUCUGCGACUCUACGAGAAACCGCUGUUUCCAUUUAAGAGUCUGAGUCAAGCGGUGCAGGAUGUUGGACUGGUCGAGGUCACAGGCUUAACCGGGGAGCAGUUCCUGAAGAAUAAAGGCGUGGCGGAUUUGUUUGCGAAUGAAAUCAUACAAGCCAGUACGCGCGUCAACUACGCCUCGAAUCUGGGCUCCAUUCAUGGGGUGGAGACAAUGGUAUGCAUGGCCGCCAAUGGAGCUAUGCAAAUUGAAGGUGGGAAUUGGAAGAUCUUUGACAACAUGCUAUCGUCUUCAUCAUCCAUCUCUACCCACCUCCAAACCACCAUCACACACAUCUCCAAGCAGCCCAAUGGAACCUAUGUCCUUACCCUACCGACUGGCGACACCAAAACUUUCGACCAAGUCAUCCUCGCCUCUCCGCUCCAGUUCUCCAACCUGGUCAUCGAUCCUGCGCCUGCACACGUCCCUGACCAGAUACCCUACGUCAACCUACACGUUACUCAUUUCGCGACGCCUCUUAAACUCUCUCCCGCAGCCUUCAACCUUGCACCAGAAGCCCAGGUCCCGCAAGCUAUUCUGACUACCAUCCCCGCGACUGAGUCCUACCCGCAUAAUGGCACCACCUUCAAUGGUAGCCCGGGCUUCUUCAGCAUCUCAAUCCUCAAAUCUCUCAUCAACCCUCGCUCAUCCACAGCCCGUCAGGAAUACAUUUAUAAAAUCUUCUCCGACGAACCCGUCUCCGCCGCCUUCCUGUCCAAAUACUUAGGCGUGAAGGUCACCAGCGAUGAGAUCGAAGGAAAGGCAGACCCGGACGCGAAUGUGAGCUGGAUCCAUCACAAGCUGUUCCAAUCAUACCCACAUGAAUUACCACGGCUCACGUUUGAAGAGCUCAAACUCGACGAAGGGCUAUGGUAUACCAGCGGGAUAGAGAGUUUCAUUAGUACAAUGGAGACGAGUGCAUUGAUGGGCCGGAAUGUAGCACGGUUGAUUGCUGAUAACUUUGUGGGAGGGAAAGAUGGGUGGGGAGUUGAGGAUACAGAGGAAAGGCAGCGCGCGUUUGAGUGGAAAUAUGGGGGACUGCAGCAACCCGCCGGACAGCAGCCCAUGCAUGAGCGAGAAGGUGUGCACUGA